CUUCGGCUCUGCAUCUUUUGUUCCAGUUGUUAGUUUUCGCCCUGUUCGCCCUGGAAAUGGAAGCGGCAGAGACGGAGGCCUGGAUGGACCGAGCCAUUGACAUGGCUAAGAAAGCACUAGAGAAUGGUGAAGUACCCGUUGGCUGUCUCAUGGUCUACAAUAAUGAGAUCAUAGGGAAGGGGAAGAAUGAAGUGAAUGAAACUAAAAAUGCUACUCGCCAUGCAGAAAUGGUAGCAAUUGAUCAGGUGAUAGACUGGUGUUGUCAGCACAAGAAGGACCCUGAAGAAGUAUUUGGGCACACAGUAUUAUAUGUCACUGUAGAACCCUGUAUAAUGUGUGCAGCUGCCCUGCGCAUGAUGAAAAUCCCACUUGUUAUAUAUGGCUGUCAAAAUGAACGAUUUGGAGGUUGUGGCUCAGUUUUGAACAUCUCUUCUGCUACCUUAACAGACACAGGAGAACCAUUUCAGUGCAUAGCUGGUUAUCAAUCGGAAGAAGCUGUGGAAAUGUUGAAAACAUUCUACCGACAAGAAAAUCCAAACGCACCAAAAUCAAAAGUUCGAAAAAAGGAAUGCUUUAACUGAUCGGAAGAAUAGUCAUCCCAAGGCUUAUGUGAAGCUCUCCUUCCCUUGACUGUGGUUCCUUAGCACUAAGAUGGAACACUAGAUGGGCCACUGGUCUGAUCCAGCAGGGCUCUUCUUAGGUUUUUAAGAUGUAGAUUAGGUCAUAUCUGUUACUGUACAGGAUAUCAUGAUGUUUCAUUUACAAGUUUCAAUGAUAGUCAAAUAAUCACAAAAGAAAAUGUAAAAAUGUUGGGCUUUCCUUUUCUUGGUGAUAAAAAACCCAGAAAGUGGGAGAGCAUCUUUCUACCUUUAAUCAGAAUGAACAGUUCUAUUCCAUACCAGUUUUAGCUGUAUUAAGGGCAACCUUUGGUUUGAGAGCUGUAACUUGCCUUGAGACAGAGCACUGAGACAGUCAUGUUUGGACCAGUAGAGUACACUAUCAUCUGCAUACUUUGAUUUCUGGCAGGCCACUGGGAGCCCUUGGCCUCCCCUGUUCUCAGUAGCACGCUAAAAUUCAUUGCACUGUGAUCUGUGCGCUCGGUCAGCCUGAACUUCAGGAUUGCUUCUUUAUUCAGCACUGUCCCCAGAGGUGAAUGCCUCAAUGAUGCUUUCACAAGUACUUAACCUGUUAGGUCUCGCUUAGCAUAUUUUUACCAUACCCAUUUCCUUCUGGUUAAGUGUUGCUGAUGUAAUAGUUGUGUUUAGGGAACAAAAAUAUUCUGACAUCCCAGAAAAGCUAUCUAUGACACUAACGCCUGGCAUCCCCAAUAUUUUAGUGGAUGAAGAAUAGUACAUCUACAAGAGGUUACAAAUGGGCCAGUUCUGCACAAAUGCUUUGACUCUAACCAGAGAUAUAACUAUAUAACAUUUAUAGUGGGUUAGAUGCAGCAGAAAAUGUCAGUGAAGGGGGGAUGAUUUUUGCCAGUUUCCCCACCCCACUGCAGAUCAACAGUUUCCCCCUCGUGUUGUUCCUGGGAGACCCUUUUCCCUCAGGAGCAGCAUUUCAGGAAUCAUUUCAGGUUUGCAGGGGAAGCAAGGAAUUCCUGAUCUGGUAUAGGAUUCCCUUUUGUUGAUAGAGCUUUUCUGCAGAAUCCAAGCUAACCUCUGUUGAAAAACUCAUCUUACCCAAUCAAAGAUCAGUUUUCUCAAAAAUAUUUGCAAAUUAAAUUUGUGAAGUUGUAUUGCAAUGUAGCUUGUUAUUUUACCCUUUCUUUGAUGUGGUCACUGGGCAGACAGAAAGUUCUUAAUGCUAACUUCCACGUUUCAUAGUCUAAACUACCAAAAUUGAUAACUUUAAGAGGGCAGGGCAACAGUAAUAAGAAAAAUCCAGGACCAAGUUAAGAAGACUCCAUGCUUGCAGUUUCAUUUUGUUGUUCCUAAAAUGUAAUAUGAUGUAGUCCAGAAGAGGGCCUUGCUGUUCCAGUAAUGAGUGAUUUGGGGAGUUCUGAAGUGAACUCUUAUUCUUUAAGAACGUGCAUGCCAAGCAAGAAAACAGGCUAGAAAAACAAGUUGCUCAAAGCCAUAUAGGCUUUUAAUAAUAAAGGCAAGUUAUUCUAACAGUUUGGUUAGAAAAUUCAGAAUAAGAAUGUUGCUUCAAUAUUUCAGUCUUCUACCAUGCAGAACAGCAAAAGAAGUAUACCAGAAUGUUAUUUAAUAAAGAUUAAUAUUUCUACCA